AUGAAACCAAAUACAGCAUCAUCAAAUAAUUUCGAUCGGCCAAAAUUACUUUUAUUUAAAUUUCUUGCUCAUCAAAUUCAUCCAUUUGCUUAUGCCGUAAAUACAUUUCUUCAACCAGCACUUGAUGAUUGUCGAGCAUUGUUACAUGAUAAUCCACAAUAUACAUUAAAUAUUUUAUUAUCACUCACACAAACAUUUAUACGUUUUGCACCUGAUUCAGAAUUGAUCUAUGAUGAUAUACAACAAUUUGCUAGUAAACUUAAAAAUGCGAUUGAUGAAUGUUUCAUUUGGCUUGAUCCAGAUGCAAUUCAACAUUCAUCAAAAUUACUUGAAUCAAUUCGUCAUAAUCUUUUAUUUAUUAUUAAAUACGAAAAUAAAGAAAAUGCCAUUUAUACAAACAUGUAUAAAAAUAUGUCAAAAUUAACAAAUCUUCAAAAGAUCAAUUCAUUACCAGUAGAAGUACAGGCUGUAUCAUCAAAUAAUAGUUUAGAUACAACAGUUCCAAUUCAAAAAACAAAUAACAAAGAUACAGAAAUAAAUAUCAAUGAACACUCAGAUUCACACGAUCCUAAUGAAGAUGAUAGUAUGGCUAUGCAACGAAUAAUCACAAACUCAGUUCCAUUAUCAUUUGGUAUGCCUUCGAUCCAAGACGAAAAACAUUCAACAUGUAUUUUACCAUUACGAACAAAUCAGUCAGCAUUAUCUCCUUCAAUAUCAUUUCAAUCAACACAAAAUAAUAUUGUUUCGUCAAUGGCAACAUCAGUUACAACAAAACUUAUGAAUCAAAUGAAGAAUUUAACUGUUACUUCAGCACCUACUUCAACGACUACUAAUGUUGUAUUAACAUCUGGUAAUCAAUCAUCAUUACAACCAAUAUCAACUGUAUCCUAUCUAGAUGAAUACGAAAUAACAGAUUCUACAACAUUAUCUAGCAAAAAAUCGACAGAAACUAUAGCUUCUUUUCCACCACGUCAUCUUUCAACAAUAGAUGGAGUUAAUCAAAAUAUUUUAACAUCUGAUAGUCAAAAUUUCUCAUCAAAAUCAAAUGUAAUUAAUAAAAAUUCAAAAAUUCAUAGUUACGAACUCAAUACACCUGCUUCAAUACUUCUAAAUGACGAUACUUCUCGAUCUGGUACGACAUCAGUAACACAAAUGACACCAAAUGCAUAUUCCAUUUAUGAUGAUGAAUGGGAUAAUGAAGUAGCUCAACAAUAUUAUCUAACUCAAUCUUAUAUUGAUCCCUUGGUAGCCAAAGCUAAUUGGCAUCCUGUUAAAGAUUAUCUUUCGAUUGUUAUCGAACAAUCACAUAUGAAUUAUACAACAGGAACUAAUAAUCCACAUAUAACUGAUCAAUAUAUACGAGAAUUUGGAACUAAACAAAAUCGACCUAUUUUACGUGGUGAUCUCUGUAUGACAUAUGGUACACCACAAAAUGUUCCACAAGCUACUUGUUUACCAAUUGGAGUUGGUUUGUCAUAUGAUGAAUUAACAUUACUUUCAUGUGAUGUUCAUCGUAAUUCACAAAAUGUUCGUUUAUUUGAUAUUGAAACUGGUCAAUUAAAACAUACGAUUGCUAGUAAUCAGCAAAUGAAAUUUCAUCGUCCGAGUGCUGUAAUGAGUAAUGCACGUAAUAAUAUUUUAAUUGUUGAACGAGAUUAUAUUUAUAUAACUGAACCUGAUGGUCGUUUAAUACAAACAAUUGGUCAUCGUUCUAUUAAACAAUUAUAUGGUAUUGCUUUAUUUCAUGAUCGUUAUUUAUUAACAAUUGAUUCAAAAGCAACUGAUAAUCAAACAUCUGAAAAUAGUCGUUUAUUAUUAUUUGAUCCAAAUAAUGGUCAAUUAGUAUUUGAACAAUCUAUUGAUAUAAAUCGAAAAUCAGAAGAUAUUUUAAAACAACAAACUAUUAAUCAUAUUCAAGGAAAAAUUCUAUCGGAAACAACAAGUAAACCACGUUUUCUUGCUGUACAUAAUGAUAAUAUUUAUAUAGCUGAUCUUGGUCGUAGUUUAAUCUAUGGAACAACUAUUCGAAAUGGAUCUGAAUAUCAACAUACAACUGUAUUUGGCGGUCAAGGACGAGCAAAUGGUGAAAUGACAGAUCCAUCUGGUUUAUUUAUUGAUUCUGGUGGAAAUAUUAUAAGUGCUGAUAGUAAAAAUGAUCGAAUUCAAAUAUUUACAUCGGAUGGUCAAUAUAAAACAACAUUAAAAUUAAAUGAACGUAUAAAACGCCCAUCGGGUAUAUGUACAAAUCGUCUUGGUACAAAAUUUUAUAUUUCAUGUUAUCUAGCUGGAUGUAUACGAGCAUUUAAUAUAAAUUAUUAG